AUGUCCAAUACUGACUUCCAAACGGCCGCGAAGCAGGAGGAGGCUUAUCUGCGCGCGGUGCACCCAACACCAGAGGAUAUUCCUGGAUGCAUGAAACUUUUCGACGACUUUCUCGCGUGCAAUAUCAUGGGAGUGCAGCUCAAGUCGCUCUACCGCUAUGGGCACAUGUCUGUCUGCGAUCACAAGCUCGACGAUUUCAAGUUCUGCAUGAGCAUCAAGAACAUGCAUCCCGAGGAGAAGCGCGACGCGUGGAUUCAUCGCCGUGCAGAGUGGUGGGCGCGCCGCCGCCUUGAGCGGAGCAGCGAGGACGUGUGGGACAUUCGCACAGAACCCCUGAAGGACUUCCCGCCUGCAAGACCGGAUGUGACCUCGAGCUCUACGAGCACUAUUGAAUAA